AGAAAGUUUUGAGAAUACGCAACAGCAUGAAAAUCGGAAUACUACUUUUGUGUGGCUCGGCCGUCGUGGCUUACGGAAGUGAUGUCAAGGCAAGCAGAGAUUCGUUGGAGAACGCUGAAAAGACUUUGCUGCUAGAGGAUCUCCAGGAGCCACAAGCCGAGGAAUCAGUACCACAGGCUGUCGUUGUCCCUAGUCUCGACACAGACGCAGGCAAAGAAUACCUGGUUGAAGACGCCGAGAUCGAGAAGCUGCCGGAGCUUCCAUUCGAUAUCGAUGCUAUCCCCCAAUCGAAGAAUCCAGAAGACCCCUGCCGCAAGAUCCGUGAUUUGACGAAUCAAUGGCGCGAGUUGGGACGAGAAAUUGCGCAGAAGACCGCUGAGCUUGUUCGAGUCCGAGGAGACGAACGCCAGAAGAUCAGAGAGCAAAUCCGCAAGAUCCGUGAAGAAAUGACGAAAACCAACGCAGCGAUCCGAGAAAACACCCGAGAGUGCGCUCGUACACGACGACCAACCCUCAGGCCGCCAACCCCAGAAGCGUAAAUUAUUCGAUAGUUAGUCGACGAGCAUCGUGGCGAUGCCGGCAGAUCGAUUCGGUUCGAGCGCUGAUCGAUCUAUAUUUAAUAAAUGGUUAGUGAUACCC